AUGAAGCGCAAGGCAGAGCCCAAUGGCGCAGGCGGGCGCAUGAAGAGGCCAAAGACCGAACUAUCAACCGAGGAAGCCCACAGCCGAUUCAGAGAGGGCCUGUUCGACGAGGCGGUCCACAAGCGCUACAGGGACGAGUACGCCAGCUCGGCGCCGUACAAGCACGCCGUGAUCGAGUCGCUGGUGGACGACGCGCUUCUCCGGUCGGUGCGCGACGAGAUCCGGACGAACGUCGUGUUCACGCCCAAGGAGACGGACAUCUACAAGAUCCACCAGUCGGGCGACCUGGCCAACCUGGACGGCCUGGACGACGAGUCCCUGGCCAAGCUGCCGUCGCUCCUGCGGCUCCGCGACGCCGUGUACUCGGCCUCGUUCCGCGAGUACGUAUCCGGCGUGACCGGCUGCGGUCCCCUCAGCGGGCGCAAGACCGACAUGGCCAUCAACGUGUACACCCCCGGGUGCUUCCUCCUGUGCCACGACGACGUCAUCGGCUCCCGGCGCGUCAGCUACAUCCUCUACCUGACGGACCCGGACACGCCCUGGCAGCCCGAGUGGGGCGGCGCGCUGCGCCUGUUCCCCGUACAGGAGAUCGAGGGCGCCGCCGACGGAAAGGUGGCCAGGACGCCGCUGCCCGACCCGUGCAAGGUCAUCCCCCCGGCCUGGAACCAGCUGAGCUUCUUCGCCGUCCAGCCGGGCGAGAGCUUCCACGAUGUCGAGGAGGUCUACCACGCCCGGACCGAGGAGGAGCUCGGCAAGCAGGGCGGUCGCAUCCGCAUGGCCAUCUCCGGGUGGUUCCACAUCCCCCAGGAGGGAGAGGAGGGCUACAUCCCCGGCGAGGAGGAGGCCAACCUCAGGAACAGCUCCCUCAUGCAGCUGCAGGGCAACCCGGCGCAGUACGACGCCCCGCAGCCGCUCGUGGUGCCCGUCGUCGACGGCGCCAAGGCCGACGACGAGGUCGAGUUCGACGAGGCGGACAUCGAGUUCCUCCUCAAGUACAUGGCCCCCACCUUCCUCACCCCGGACACCCUAGAGCAGGUCAACGCCCUGUUCGAGGAGGACUCGAGCAUCACCCUGCCCGACCUGCUGUCCGAGAGUUUCUCGCAGAGGCUGCGCGACUACGUCACCGCCGCCGAGGACGACGCCCGCCGCGGCCCCGACCUCGAGACCCCCGCCAUAGAGGCCGGCUCGCCCUGGCGUGUCGCCAAGCCCCCCCACAAGCACAGGUACCUGUACCAGCGGCCCGGCGGGCCCGACGGCCUGCGCACGUCCCGGGACGAGAACCCCCUCACCGACCUGCUCGACAACCUCCUCCCCAGCAGGCAGUUCCGCACGUGGCUGCAGAUGGCGACGGGGUGCAAGGUGGAGGGUCACGACGUCAUGGCUCGCCGUUUCCGUCCGGGCAAGGACUACACCCUGGCCACGGGCCACGAGGGGAAGCCCCGUCUCGAGCUGAACCUCUGCAUCACCCCCACCGAUGGCUGGACCAUUGACGAGCUGGAGGAGGAGGAGGGGGGGCAGAAGCAGAGGAGGGCCGAAGAGAGGCAGAGGCGGAAGGAGGAGGAGGAUGUCGGCGGCCACGAGGUCUACAUGGCUGCCGCCGACGACGAGGACGAGGAUGCCGCCGUGUACAACGCCGGGGCCGACGACGACGACAACAUCCUCUUCUUCCAGAGCCCCGCCUGGAACACAAUGUCCAUCGUCCUGAGGGACAGCGGUGCCCUCAGGUUCGUCAAGUACGUCAGCAAGCGCGCCAAGGGUGACAGAUGGGACAUCUCCGGUGCCUUCGAGGUUGAGCAGGCCGCCGAUGAUGGCGAUCAGAACGGUGGGCCGUCUGGGGCAGUGACCGGAGACUCCGAUGAUGUCGGGGACGAGGAGUUGUUUUCUGAUGAGAGCGAGUCGGACUAA